CUGACGAUCCGCGCCGUGCGCGAGCGGCAGGCGGCCUUCGCGAAGGCGCGCGACUGGGACCAGUUCCACACGCCGCGGAACAUCCUCACGGCCAUGGUCGGCGAGGUCGGCGAGCUCGCGGAGUGCUUCCAGUGGAAGGGCGAGGUCGCGCGGGGGCUGCCCGAGUUCAGCGCCAAGGAGAAGGUGCACGUCGGCGAGGAGAUGUCCGACGUCUUCGUCUACCUCGUGCGCCUCGCGGACGUCUGCGGCGUCGAUUUGGAGUCCGCGAUCACGCGGAAGAUCGACCUCAACGCGAAGAAGUACCCCGCGGACAAGGCGCGCGGAUCGAGCGCCAAAUACACGGCGUAUCAAAAUAAAGAUUAG